CUGGUACCACGGGGCCAUCAGCCGGACGGAUGCCGAGACGUUGCUGAGGCUGUGCAAGGAGGCCAGCUACUUGGUGCGCAACAGUGAGACCAGCAAGAACGACUUCUCCCUCUCCUUGAAGAGCAGCCAGGGCUUCAUGCACAUGAAACUGUCCCGGACCCAAGAGAAUAAGUACGUGCUGGGUCAGCACAGCCCACCCUUCGACAGCGUGCCAGAGAUCAUUCAUCACUACGCCAGCCGCAAGCUGCCCAUCAAGGGGGCUGAGCACAUGUCCUUGCUUUACCCGGUGGCUAUCCGUACCCUAUAG